AUGAAAACGAGAAGUUACGCAAGCCGCAGCAUUCACUGUUGCUCUGCCGGAAUUUACUUUAUUCCAUAGAAACACAGUCUCUGACUUCUUGUGAGGCGCAAACUGCCCAGCUGCUGUCUACAACAUGCGCAGGAAGACCUAAGCAGCGGAGACUGGCUAUUUGCUUGAGCGGAUUAACAACCACGAUGAGUUAUCUUAGCAGCAUUCUUGAUUCGAUUGGCGGUGAUGGCACCACAGCUCCUCCAGCUUCAACACCCGCGCCACGUGCCCCUCCAACAAUCCAGAAGCGUAAAGCAGAUAACGAGUUAACAAACGGCCCAGCAAAGAGACCAAUUACCCCGGCAAAUGCACAGAAUGGGAAUGUUCAGCGACCUAAUGCACUUGAUCGCAGUCAGAAUGGAACAUCCUCAAAGCCAACGUCAGCUUCUCCGGCCAAAGGUGGUCUGAAUUCCGGCUCCGCGACAACUUCCACGAAUGAAGCAACCAAGAAACCUUCAUCCAAAGCACAGACGCCUUCACUCGGUUCAGAUGCAGCGGCAAAGCCUAAUCCGAAGCCAACUACUUCAACCACCACUACCACGAAACCAGCUACCCCAACGACAGAGAAGCCACCUCCUAAGAAAGGAUCAUAUGCGGAUAUCAUAGCUCGGGCAAAGGCAGCACAGGCGUUAAAGGGUCCAGUUGGUGUCAUUAUGCACAAACAAGCGGAGAAGGUGGACCCUAAGGCUCGUAAGGCUGAAGCGGCAAAAGCUAGGGGGGAAUUAUCUCGAGGCAAACGGGUGAGCGAGAAGGUGGGUGAUCGAAGCCGAACAGGAAGCGCGGAAGCUGUGAGCCGAUCUGGAGAAAAGAUCAAGCAGCGGCAGAAACCGCAGGAGAAGAGUAGCUACAAGGGUACAGCGCAGCCAACCACUCCAAUCUACACCGGAAGCGCGCGACCUGGUCAAAGCUCAAGGACAAAGGCCAAACGUUAUGACGGAUAUGCCGGGACAGAUGAGGAGAUAGACGAUUACGACGAGGAAGAUGUUUACGGCUAUGAUGAUGAUGAAUCUGACAUGGAAGCGGGCGCAGAAGAUGUCUGGGCUGAGGAGGAAGAGGCUCUACGUCAGGCGAAGAAAGACGAUGCCGCAGAACUUGCAUAUGAAAUCAAGCUGAAGAGGGAGAAGGAGGCGAGGAAGCGAAAGGCACUUGAGGAGCUUGCUGCAUCACGUAGAAAGAGGUGAACCAGAUCUCCAGACCCAAUCCAAUCGUCAAGUUAUGGUCUAGAGAUUAAGUGUCACCGUGCUCUCAUUCUAGCUGCACAGUAAUUGAUAUGAUUAGCAGGGCGCUGGUCUGGUUUUACGUCAUCUAUUUGAGAGGAAUAUGUACCCAGUAACUAGCAUGGAUGGUCGACGGUGCAUCAAAGAGGUUCGCACUGCAGCAUUUUGAGCGAGUUUGUACAGUACGAGUCUCAGCGAAUGGACUAUGCAGAAGGUCAAUUGUAUUCCAUUAAUUAGAGCUGCGAACGGACACAGCUUUUGUGCGCGCACUGUCAUUUAAAGCAUCUGGCAUCUAAUCCUCUCUCAAGCUGGCUCAACAUGUCAAGCCUUGAGCUGGGGGACGAAUGUUGGAUCCAGACUCAUACAGACGCGACGAUAUGGCUGGAUAGUAUCCCUGAG